AUGGACCAACACAAAUUCGAGGCACAAGACGUAUAUAACAUCGACGAAACAGGGUGGCAUACGGUGCAAAAGCCUGAGAGCAUUGUUACGGAAAAAGGGGUUAAGCAGAUUGGUUCUGUCACAUCAGGUGAAAGAGGUGAGCUGGUAACCGUAGUCAAUGCGAUCAAGGCUGCUGGUGGAUUUAUUCCGCCCUACAUGAUAUAUCCCCGUGUCAAUUAUCGUAAUCACUUCAUACGAGGUGCGCCACUGGGAUCUGACGGUGCGGCCACCAGAUCAGGUUGGAUUAACGAGGAAACGUUUGUCAACUAUCUCGAUCACUUCAUUAAGCAUACACGCUGUAUACCCGACAGAAAGGUAUUGCUCAUCUUAGACAAUCACGAGGCCCACGUUUCACUGACAGCUGUUGACAAGGCAAAGGCGAACGGAGUUGUGGUGUUGACCAUCCCUCCACACACGUCCCACAAACUCCAGCCUUUAGACAAGACUGUUUAUGGACCAUACAAAAGAGCCUACGUGCGCGCGAUGGAUAAUUGGAUGAGGUCCAAUCCGGGUAAGACUGUGUCUAUAUACGACAUAGCUCAUUUGGUGAACGAAGCUCACAUCUGCGCAUUUGUACCGCGUAAUAUCCUAGCUGGCUUCCACAGCACUGGUAUUAUGCCUUUCAACAGCGACGUAUUCUCAGAUGAAGACUAUGCGCCAUCUUCAGUUACAGAUCGCGAAAAUCCAGUUUGCUUGGCAGUAGACAAUGUUGAAAGUGUGUCAGGUUUACAGAGAAAUCCCGAUACUCCCAUGAACCAAAAAGAUAACACAAUUCAAUCAGCAACUGGCGUUGAGAGCAAUACUGGUUUGAUUAGAGCAGUGCAGACUACCAACGCGGAGACUCCUUAUGUGUCUCCAAGUGAUAUACUACCUUUACCGAAAGCAGGGCAAAGGAAGGGGAAAGCUUUCAAUAGGAAAAAGGUAGCACGAAAAUUUUGA